UUCACCAUGGCGGCGUUGGAGGGCUGUGUGAGGCUGUGGCGGAGCCUGUGUCUCCAUGGGAGCUCCCGCCGUCACCUGGCAGCGCUGCUGGCCGGGAUCGCGCUGGGCGGGUCAAUCAUCAAGGAGCUAUGGCCGCUGCCAGACUCAUACCUCAACAACAAGAGGAAUGUGCUCAAUGUGUAUUUUGUGAAAUUUUCCUGGGCGUGGACCUUCUGGCUUCUCUUACCAUUCAUAGCGCUGACCAAUUAUGCACUUACUCAAAGUGUUAGAUCAGUUCUACAACGUUUGAGCUCAUUGGUGGUCGGUACGGUAAUCUGGUACCUCUGCACAAGGUUUUUCAUGUAUGUGGAACAUAUCACAGGAAACUGCUAUGAGUCCGAAGUCCUGGCCGAGCUUAGAUCCCACCACAAAGACAGACAUGAGUGCAAGGUGAAUGGGGGUUAUUGGCAUGGAUUCGACAUAUCUGGACAUUCCUUUCUGUUGCCUUUUUGCAUCUUGACCAUUCUUGAGGAAACAUCAGUUCUUCUUGAUAAACGACUUGAGAGACACCAGCUAGGGACUGCUAUUAAUGCUCUCUUUUUGGCCCUGGGGGUAUUGUCCAUAAUUUGGGUUUGGAUGUUCUGUUGCACUGCUAUAUAUUUUCAUGAUGUCUGGCAAAAAAUGAUUGGAACCAGCUUCGGUAUACUGGGCUGGCAUGUGACAUAUCAAUGGUGGUACUUGCAGCCAUUUUCUCCUGGGCUUCCCCCUGGACGGACAUCUAAAGAUUUGAAGCCACACAGUUGCAACAAUUAAAUUAUUUUUUUUAGUUCUACAUAAUGUAAUUCACAUUUAAACUAUUCUUGAUUGUGAACAAUUACAAUUUAUUUAAUGCUAAUUGUAUCAAUUUUUAAGCAGUGGCCAACAGAAUUUGCACUGGACAUUUCUCCAGUAAAAAUGCCUGAUAAAGAACGUGUUAUAACAGAGCCAUACGGGCACACAUUUUACCUCCCUCCCUCUGUGCCUUUGUUGUGGAACAAGUUAAAUAGGUCUAGAAGUAAAGUAAGUAGCCUAAUAGCGGAACACUCCAAGCACCAUAACCACUAAAUCCCUGGUGCCGUCCCUCCAACCAUUCUUGCAAGGCCUGCACAUUGGCUGAGACUGACUGCAAACCACAUUAUACACUAUUAUUUAAUAGAGAGGGUGUAAGGUUACUCAUUUUAAAGAAUGGGGGUAACCCCUAUGAUUAACAAUUUAUUCAAAAUGAGAGGAUUAGGGGAAAAGCUAUGAAAA